AGUGUGAGAGUUCCCUAUUUACACGGUGCCAGUAUCCAGCCUGUAACUCCAGGGUUCAGUCCAGACCCUGCUGUCUCACCAUGAGGAUUUGGUGGCUUCUGCUGGUUAUUGGUGCAUGUGCAAGGAGUGUAUUCUCCCAGGACACCUGCCGGCAAGGGCACUCUGGCAUCCCUGGGAAUCCAGGUCACAAUGGCCUACCUGGAAGAGACGGACGAGAUGGUGCCAAGGGUGACAAAGGAGACACAGGAGAACCAGGACAUCCUGGUGGCCCAGGAAAGGAUGGAAUUCGUGGAGAGAAAGGAGAACCAGGAGCAGAUGGAAGAGUUGAAGCAAAAGGCAUCAAAGGUGAUCCAGGCUCCAGAGGAUCUCCAGGGAAACAUGGUCCAAAGGGAUCUAUUGGUCCUAUGGGAGAGCAAGGGCUGCCAGGAGAGAUUGGCCCUCAGGGGCAGAAAGGGGAUAAAGGCGAGGUGGGCCCCACUGGACCCGAAGGACUAAUGGGCAGUACUGGACCUUUGGGUCCCAAGGGCUUACCUGGCCCAGUGGGCCCUAUUGGCAAACCAGGUCCCAAGGGAGAAGCUGGACCCAUGGGCCCUCAGGGGGAGCCAGGAGUCAGAGGAAUGAGAGGCUGGAAAGGCGAUCGAGGAGAGAAGGGGAAAGUUGGUGAGGCUCCCGUUGUGCCCAAGAGUGCUUUCACUGUGGGGCUCACAGUGAUCAGUAAGUUCCCUCCCCCAGAUGCACCCAUUAAAUUCGAUAAGAUCCUGUACAAUGAACUGAACCACUACAAUGUAGCGACGGGGAAAUUCACCUGCUAUGUGGCGGGCGUCUAUUACUUUACGUACCACAUCACUGUGUUCUCCAGGAACGUGCAGGUGUCGUUGGUCAAAAAUGGGGUAAAGGUCCUGCAUACCAAGGACGGUUACAUGAGCUCUGAGGACCAGGCGUCUGGUGGCAUCGUGCUGGAGCUGAAGCUCGGGGACGAAGUGUGGAUGCAGGUGACAGGAGGAGGAGAGAGGUUCAAUGGCUUAUUUGCAGAUGAAGAUGACGAUACCACAUUCACAGGCUUCCUUCUGUUCAGCAGCUCUUAACACAAGGGCUCUGCACGUGGACCUCACAGCGGGCUCUGCUGGUGGAUAUGGUGCCCACAGAACUAGCUUGGUGAGGGUGGGAUGUGACUGCAUUCAUUCCUUCAAUUAUCGCAUCAGUCCUAAAAUGUACACAUGGGAAGGGAAUCCUACAGAUUCUGACAUUUGAACACAUGAAUAAUAAACUAAGAGAGAGUCACC